AAACCACAGAAAGCGAUAUUUUACAGUACAUUCCUCCAGCAUCAACCCAUAUUAUAUUUUCAUUCUGUCGCUGGUUUUGACGCGAAAGUUUCGCGUAUCUGCUGAUUAAAUCCUAGGGUUUGUGGGGAGUUGAGUGAGCGUGUUCUUCUUUGUAACGUGCCGUUAAAACCGUUAAACAACAGGGAGAAAACAACGGUCGGCUCGGCUCGCGUGUUUACGUCGCCGUGCUCUGGGACUCGAGGCUACGUUCCGUCUCCAUGACAGUGACAGUUGACUUUCCGUGAUGGCUGUCUUAUUCGAAAAACGACAAAAACAAACUAAAAGCUAAGAAUUAAAGUGUAUCACGGUGGAAAGUUGUUCCUCACCGCAGGACAAAUGGAUCAGACAGAGGAGGAGUUGGAGAAGAUUGCCACAUGGCUUCGUGAGGAGGGACUUGCUCUUGAGUCCUCUAAGGAGGCUCAGCUGUGUUUGCUAUGGCGCACCCUUCAGCACACAAGAAGCUGUCUGAGCACCGUGACAAGGGACCAGGAGGCACAGCGCUCCCAACACUUAGCAGAGAUGGCGGAGGUACGAAAGUCCUUGGAGCAGAUCCGCAUCUUUACAGAGCACAAAGAUGUUUUGGCUCAGCAGAUACAAGACGAGAACGAUCAGCUCAAGGACCAGCUGCGGCAGCUUAUAUCCCUUCAAGAUGCCCAGAUAAGCGAGGUGGCUAAAAUGCUGUACCAGCAGGGUCUCACAGAGUUGAUUCACAGCAGCCCCAGUGAACAGGUGGCAUACCUCUUAGUGGAGAGGGCCUCCCUGCUUGAGACGUGUGAGGAUCCUGACAAACUGACGGGUGCUGGAACCACUACUGUCCCUCUGGGGACAGAGACACAAGUGGCGGUCAGCAACGCACGCCAGUCUCCCCACAAGGGGGCACCACGUCAUGGCCAGAGUCCUUGGAGGAGACUCUUUGGACUCCACAAAGCUUCACAGAGCAAACAUACUUUAAUUCCUGCUGAGGCCAGACAUUUGGCUGGCCAGUCAAGCAGUGUGGAGAGGAAGUGUUCCCGUUUGGAGCGGGAUCUGGAGGAGGGCUCCCGCCGUCUGGCCAUGGCCCACAACGAGAUCCGACGUUUGACCGAUGAGCUGGAGUCCGCUCACUUGACCCAGAAAGCUUACGAGCCUGAGCUGCAGGCAGCACAGCAGGAGGUAGAGGAACUGAAGAAGUCUGAAAUGGUGGAACUGCAAAAGGCCAAUGAGCUCAACGAUCGUCUGGACUUUGAGAUCAGAGCCUUGAGGAGCAGGGUUCGCUUCCUAGAUGCUGAGAAAAGUUCUCUGCGGCAGACGGUUGUAUCUCUGCAGGAGGUGGUGGAGCAGCUGGAGUCAGCCUUGCAGCAGCAGCAGGUGGAGCUGCAGCUCCUCACUGUGGGGGUUCAGGCUGAUCAGGCCACGGAGCUGGCCAAAGUUUCAUCUCUGCAGAAAGAGGUGGAGCAGUUAGAAUCAGCUCUGCAGGAACAACAGCAGCAGGCUGAGCAGCAGCUCCAGACUCUGCAGUCCCGGGAAACUGAACUGAAUCAGAGCAAUCAGCUGUGCAGAGAUUUACAAAAUAAGCUCAGCGCUCAGACAAGAUGCCUUUCGGAGGAGGAGUCAGAAAUACAUUCCCUUAAGCAGCAACUGGAUAAUUCCCAUAAAGACCUGGAAAACCUCAGAGCUACCAACCUCACCAAACAUCACAGUCAAAGGCCAUGGAAGCAAAAAGAGGCGGAUUUACAAUAUUGUGAAAACACUCAUUGGCGACUGGAAGACUCCUUUACAACAGAAGAUCGAGAGACACAGACACUGCUGUGCAAUGAAAACACACUGCAAAAGGAGUGUCCUGAUUAUCAAGAAGCAGUCAGGACUCUGUUGUCCACCCAAGAUGAGUGCGAGGCACUAAAGAAGGAGAUCUGUGAAACCCUUAAAUGCCUUGACAAAGAGCGCAGUAAAUACCACGAGAUUAAGGAAAAACACAAAGCCAAACUGUGUCGGGCCAGACAAAAAUUGGAUGAUGAAACCACAUGGCGUGAUGAGAAGAUAAAAAGUCUAGAGCGAGAGUUGUCCUUGUGUUCCCAUUCGUUAGCAAAGGAGAAAGAGCUUGUCACAAGUAUAACUACCGAAAAUGAAAAACUACUCAUUGAGAGGACGAGGUUGUUGCAACAGCUAAACGAGGAGGAGCACAACAAGAAAGACAGCUGUCUUACAGCUUCUUUGUCCAAAUGCAGGGUGGAUUUUCUAGAGAUGGAAAACAAGAAACUGGGAAACAAAAUACUCCACAUGUCCAAUCAGCUGUCGGUCCUGGAACGAGCUUUACAGAACAUGCAGUCACUCCACUUUGCUGAGGAACUGAAGAAAGUAUAUCAUCCUCAGCAGAUUUUUACAUCCGUCUCUGUGCAAGAUUCAAGUGCAAUGAUGCCUAAGCCUUCUGAUUUUCAAACCUUAUUGGACGAUACUCCGAGUAGUCACACCAAGCAGACAGAUGGGACCUCUUCCCCACGAUGCUUGAUCUCUGCGGCCCUGUCUCGAUCAGCAGAGAUGGGUUACCUGAACCUGACCUCCAUUCAGAACCACUCAGACCGCUCGGCUCCCCCGGCUGCGCUCAGCAACUCAGAAAGUUCCUGUUCCUGAAAUUUACAUGAACAUACUGUAUAUAACGAUUUUAUUUGUAAGUAAAUUAAAUUAAUAAACAACAAAAGAUUUCCCUUUUGCUCUGUAAAGUUCAUAUUCUGUUAAAUUUCUAAGUAUACUCACAGCAAGACAACCUCUCAGCCUGGACCUUCACAGAUUUUUGACAACUUCAGCAUCAGUUCUCUGUUUAGAAUAGUUGGGAUAGAUAUUGUUAAUUACA